AAGCAACAUUAUUUUUCUCUCUCUCUGUCUCUGCUCAAACUCUCUCCUUACUCUCUCUCUCUCUCUCUCUCUUUCUUUUCUAUAUCUAAAAAUCUGUUUAACAGCUGUAUUUCAACUGAUUUUGAAACCCUAGCAUUUGGAUCCACUUCAAGUUUUAGAUGUGAAACAAACUUCUCUCUUUGAAAAGAGGUUUUUUUUUUUUUUUUGGAAUUGGUUGCAUUUUGUGUUUGAAGUGGUGAGAGGAAGUGUUUGGAUCGGAGAUGGCGGAUAUUGCCGGCGAAGCGGCGGAGAUAGGAAGCAUUGGGAGGAGUGAGUCGCCGGUGAGGAUGACGUCGACCACCGCGGGGGUACCUCCGCCGUUGACGGUGUCGGCGUCGUUUAAGGAGAGUGGAGGGAAAGGUUCGUCCAGGAGGAGAGCUGUUAGACCUAGCUUUGAUGCGGAUAAUGAGUUCAUUACUUUGCUUCACGGGUCGGAUCCGGUGAAAGUGGAGCUUAAUCGGCUGGAGAAUGAAGUUAGAGAUAAAGAUAGAGAAUUGGGAGAAGCACAAGCGGAAAUUAAGGCAUUAAGGAUGUCUGAAAGGCUAAGAGAAAAGGCUGUCGAAGAGCUCACUGAUGAGUUGUCAAAAAUGGAGGAGAAGCUCAAAUUGACAGAAUCUCUUCUUGAAAGCAAGAACCUUGAAAUCAAGAAAAUAAAUGAUGAGAAGAAGGCAUCCAUGGCUGCUCAGUUUGCAGCUGAGGCCACUCUGCGAAGGGUUCAUGCUGCUCAAAAGGAUGAUGAUAUGCCUCCAAUUGAAGCAAUUCUUGCACCUUUGGAGGCUGAGUUGAAGCUUGCUCGGCAAGAGAUUGCAAAGCUUCAAGAUGAUAACAAAGCGCUUGAUCGUCUCACUAAAUCAAAAGAAGCAGCUUUACUUGAAGCUGAAAGGACUGUACAGGUUGCAUUGGCCAAAGCCUCCAUGGUGGAUGAUCUCCAAAAUAAAAACCAGGAGUUGAUGAAGCAGAUAGAAAUUUGCCAGGAAGAAAAUAAAAUUUUGGACAAAAUGCAUCGCCAAAAGGUUGCAGAGGUUGAAAAGCUUACACAAACAGUAAGGGAGCUGGAAGAGGCUGUUCUUGCUGGUGGUGCUGCCGCAAAUGCAGUUAGGGAUUACCAGCGGAAAGUUCAGGAGAUGAAUGAGGAAAGAAAAACGCUUGACCGAGAGCUGGCACGUGCAAAAGUAACUGCUAAUAGAGUGGCCACGGUUGUCGCAAAUGAGUGGAAAGAUGCUAAUGACAAAGUGAUGCCUGUAAAACAAUGGCUCGAAGAGCGGAGAUUCUUGCAGGGAGAAAUGCAGCAACUUCGUGACAAGCUUGCUAUAACUGAGCGGGCUGCAAAAUCUGAAGCACAGUUGAAAGAGAAAUAUCAUUUGCGGCUUAAAGUUCUGGAAGAGAGCGUGAGAGGAUCUUCUAAUAGUGUUAGCCGCAGUACAUCAGAUGGAAGAAGCAUGAGCAAUGGGCCUUCUAGGCGUCAGUCUCUGGGUGGAGCUGAUAAUUUCUCAAAACUUACAUCCAAUGGGUUUUUAUCCAAGAGAUCGCCAAGCUCUCAAUUAAGAUCCUCUAUGUCAUCUAGUACAGUGUUGAAGCAUGCUAAAGGAACAUCCAAGUCAUUUGAUGGAGGCACAAGAUCAUUCGACAGGGCGAAAGUGCUUUUAAAUGGAACAGGUUCAAAUAUUUCGUUCAACCAGCCUUCUGAGGGAACCAAGGAGGGUGAGGCACCAGAUAAUGAAAAACCAAAUGAUUUCCAGCCAGUAGAUACAGAGGAUAAUGUCCCGGGAGUAUUGUAUGAUUUACUGCAGAAAGAGGUCAUAGCUUUGAGGAAAGCUGGUCAUGAGAAAGAUCAAAGCCUUAAGGAUAAGGAUGAUGCGAUUGAGAUGCUUGCUAAGAAGGUAGAAACAUUGACAAAGGCAAUGGAAGUUGAGGCUAAAAAGAUGAGAAGAGAAGUGGCUGCAAUGGAGAAAGAGGUUGCUGCCAUGCGUGUGGAGAAAGAACAUGAGAAUAGGGCCAAGCGGUAUGGUAACUCCAAAGGAUCUGCUGCUCAGCUGCUUACUGGAAGAAAUGUCUCUCGAAGUGGGUUAACACGCAGCACUCAAUGACAACAAAUAUUAAUUGCAGCGGGAGAAAGGAGUAAAUUUGCAUAGGUCUCUUGGGUCCUUUGUUUUAUUUUUUAUUUUUUGUUACCUCUCCUUUGGCGAUUGAUUAUAAGAUUAUAACUUGCAUGCCGAUGAACCUAUGUUCACUGAAAAUUGGCGAAGAGAAGAAAUCUGGGAAAAGAGUAAAUCAGAGGAAGAAAUCGGUAUGCUUCUGACAUAGAGUGGUAUUCCUCUGCUUAGAGAUCAGCGAAAAAAAGAAAGAUAAAGGAACUAUUGACUGUGGGCUAACCUUUUGUCAGGUUUUCUUGAGUGGCCAGUGGUUGUGUGGUUGUAUAGGUAGCUUAUUGGCUUUUUCCGUCGUCUACUCAUCCCCUCCCCUCCUUUUUAAUUCUUGCAGUUCAUAUUUUGUAAUCUGCAGCUAGUGUGAUUUGUCUUCCAAGUUUGUUAAUAUUUCUUGUAAUCAGAUCCUUCUGUGGUUGUGUUAUUCAUUAAUAGUUACUUGCUUAUAAAUCUGGAACCAUGUGUAUGUUUUUCUUUA